AUGGCAAACUCAAAGGAAAAACUUCGAAUUAUCGAGGCGCAUGAGCGCUCACCUGUUGAGGGGAAAGGACCGGUGCAAGAUGGGAAGAAUACCAAAAGCAAUGCUAAGAGUAAGGACAAAAAAAAGUAUGAACAGAAUGAGAGAAGAUCAAGAAGGUGUAGGAAAAGACCCUUGUUUAAUUUCCAGAAAGAUAUGCAACUUAAAGGUACUUAUUACGAUGUUAUUACUUCUGUUAAAUAUAUUAACGAGAAGUAUGGCUUGAGAGAAAGUUAUUAUGUUGAAAAAUUCAUCAAGUGCAUUCAUAGGAAAAUUAAUCAUGACGUGAGUAGGAUUUCUGAUCAUUACGUCAACUCUUUAAGUCCAUGGGUUAAAGUCAAAUUUUUUUUCUUGCUGGUGACUUUAUGUGAGAGAGGUGGUCCGGAGUAUUGGUUUGACAAGAGUGAUGAAAGUAAAGAGCCUGCCAAAGAUCCAUCGUCGACGAAUGUUAGUACCCUGGAUUCAGGUAAUAGUACUGCUGUGGAAGAACCAGCGAUUUCCUCGAAAAACAGUGAUACUUCUAACGGAAUCGCCAAGGAAUCUUCUUCAACAAAUGAAGAUUUUAUUUCCAUUUUGAAAAAUUCCAUUUCUCCUGAAUUCACUUUAAGUGAAUUAAUCAUGAAACAAAACAUUAACCCUGAUUAUAAUGAGAGUACACAUGAUGAAAAUUAUCUUUAUUCAUCUACUUGGGCAAAUUUCAUGGAGGGAUUAAUUAAUCAUUACUUAGAAAAAGUCAUUAUCCCAUCCUCUGAAUUAAAAGUUUGCCAACAAUUAUACAAACCUAUGAUGAAAAUUAUUUCAUUGUACAAUGAAUAUAAUGAAUUGAUGGAAAAAAGUGAACGAAAUGGGUUCUUAUCAACUCCUAAGGAGACAAAUAGUGAAAGUACACCAACAACCACCAACGAUGGGGAAGAAUGUGAUACUGCCAGCAAGAAGGAUUCUCUUGAUGAAAAUGAAGAUGUCAUAACACAAGAAAGAUUGGAUAGAGCUCAAAAGUUAUUAUGGCAAGCUCGAGAAGAUAUUCCAAAGACGAUAAGUAAAGAAUUGACUAUGUUGUCUGAAAUGUAUCAAACUUUAUCAGCAGAUGAACAAGAUUAUGAAUUAGAUGAAUUCGUAUGUUGCGCUGAAGAAUAUAUUGAAACUGAAUAUGUACCAUGUCUGAUUAAUGUUUUGUUUGCGAAUUGUGGAACUGUAAAUUUUUGGAAAAUUAUGCUAGUCUUGGAACCAUUUUUUUAUUAUAUCGAAGAUUUAGGAGAAGAAGAUGAUGAUGAUGAAAUUGGUACGGAAGAACCAUUCGAUAUUACUGGCUCGACAGUUAUCACUCAUAAUGAUACAGAUGCUAAUCUUACGGGAGCUAAAAUUGAUAACAGUAAACGAGUCUUUAGCCCUGAUCCAAGAGUCAUGACGCUAGAGAAAAUCUGCAAAGUUGCUGCUAAACAAAAAUGGAUUUAA